CUGCAGCCCAGCAGAAACCUGUUUGUCCUUCAUCUCAGAGAAGAUCAGUCUCAAGGAGAAAGUGCCAGCUACAUAGAAAUGAAAGCAAUUUGCCCUGCUUGGGUGCCCUUUAUGCUCCUGGCUGCUGUCAUUAUCACUGCAGGCACUGCUAAAGUGGUAUUUGAGGUCACCCUCUCUCCAAGGAUGGUCGCUGUGAAACGGGGAGGUUCUGUUUGGUUGAAUUGCAGCUCCACCUGCAACUCCACAGAAGUGGUGCUGGAAACAAGCCUUCCAAAAGGAAAAGAAGAACGUGGCCCAGGUUGGAUGUCCACUGAGCUUCAGGAUAUCACAAAGCAGACCUCAUUUGUCCAUUGCUACCAGACCUGCGAGGGGGAAAGUAAAAAUGCAAGUGCUACUAUAUUAACAUAUGAUCCUCCAGAGCAUGUGUUUAUGAAACUUGAGAAAUCUUCAUCCAGCCAGAAUAUUCACCAGACCUAUAACCUGACAUGCCGUGUUAUAAAGAUAACCCCAGUUCGCAAUCUCAGUGUGAUCUUGAUGAAAGGGGCAAAGAGGGUCCAUUCAUGCAAACUCCAGAACUAUGCAAAGUCUGGAACUAAAAGCUUUAACAUCACGCAUGCCAUUGCUCUUCGGCCACAUGAUCAUGGGCAGGAGGCCACUUGUCAAGUGACCUUGGAUCUCAAUGCAGAGGAGCCCGUCCUCAUUGCUACAUCCUCCAAAUUGGAACUCAAGACUCCUGAAACCUAUAGAGGUGUGAUUGCGGCCAUUUCUGCUAUAAGCAUGUUAGCAACUGUGCUCCUUGGCAUUUUCAUUUAUCUGGUUUUGGCACGUGGAUCCCCUCAGCUGUAAGAACCCAACUCUACUCAAACAAGAUCAAUGAGAGCGAUUCCGAAAGCAAAAAGACAGAAUAUGCUUCAAGGGAUGACAACAGAGAAGAUCAGAGCUUCUUCUUUACCAUCAUUUUUACAUAAGCAAUGAGUUAUGGUUCACAAAGCUACUGCCAGACACUCUGUAUGUAGUAAAAUACCACAAAUUUAAAAAUAACGAGAAUUGUGAUAAUUAAAAGUGCAGUCAAGCCUUGUCUUUAGUUCCUGCUGCACUCCAGGUCAGGAAAAAGCCCUCUGACACAUAGAAUCAUAGAAUCAAAGUGUUGGAAGAGAACUCAUGGGCCAUCCAGUCCAACUCCCUGCCAAGAAGCAGGAAUAUUGCAUUCAAAUCACCCCUGACAGAUGGAGCUUCCAAAGAAGGAGCCUCCACCACACUCCAGGGCAGAGAGUUCCACUGCUGAACGGCUCUCACAGUUAGGAAGUUCUUCUUCAUGUUCAGAUGGAAUCUCCUUUCUUGUAGUUUGAAGCCAUUGUUCCUUGUCCUAAUCUCCAUGGAAGCAGUAAGAGUGAAGAAACAAAUCUUUUAUUGAAGUUUAGUAAAUAACCAGAAGAAAAAAUGCUUGUAAGAAAAUAAGAUAGUUCCAAAAACUAAUAAGUCCAUGAAAGGCAGUAACACAAAGCAAUGUCCACACAAGAUAUAAAAGCAAUCCAAGACAGCAUUUAUCCAGACAGGAAUCAACAGGAUGCAAAGACAAUCCAAAAGGCUAAAAAAACUCCACAGGAACAAGACGCCUUGAACAGUAUUACCAUGGCACAUGAACUUGAUUUCCAAACUAUGCCUGAUCUAACAGGUUUUCCCUAGAAGCAAACCUUAUAUCCCCAAACCCAGAAAUUGGUUUCGCUUCCCCCCACACUUGCCCCUUAUCUGACGAAGCCUUUCAGAGCAAAGCAAACACUGAGUUUGCUAUCAAUUCUGCCUGAUCUCCAGCUGCCUAUCCUUCAACUCCCUAUCUGGCUGCUCAUUAAAAUUUCCAGGUGUCAGAUUGUCUUCCAAACCCAAAUCUUGAGAGCUCACAGGAAGAGGGAGUAAACCAUCAUUCCUAGGCUCAGCAGGAAUAUUCUCAUGAGAAACUGCCCUUUGCACUGGGGCCUCUCUGUCAUUGUCUGUAUGAAAAUCAUUGACCAAACCAUCUCCAUCUUGCACCUCAGCCUCGGCACCAUCAUUACUCUCAUCAUAAGCAUCAUGAUUCUGGAACACAAACACAGGCUGAUUCCCAACACUAGGAUCCAGGCAGGAAGCUCCAUGAAGCAGCUUCCAUUGUUGCUCCUCCUGUUGGCGGGAAAUUCAAGAAGCCUGUCGUUUGCCGUUUGCAGUCUGGGUCCAGAGAGGGAUGUGGGAAACAGGAAUGUGGAGGGGCUGUAUACAGAAUAGUCUGUGAUUGACUCAAUGGCCCAGUCCAGGUAAAUACAAAGGAACAGUCCAGUAAGAGACAAUGAGCAAUUGUAAACGACAGAUCACUGACUUACAACUGUGUGAUUCUCCAGAUAUUGUGGGACUCAAACUCCCAGCAUUACUGCCUUCUUCAAAGACUAUGGAGCCUCAUAUCAUAAAACUCAAUGGGAUAAUCUUCACCUGCAGGUAAAUGGGAUAAUCUUCACCUGCAGCUUAUGUGCUGAUUCCCCAUUUCCUCAAUUUAUUUUAAUUGCUGCUAUCUGAAUGGGAAACCUGUUAGAUCAGGCAUCGUUUGGAAAUCAAGCUCAUGUGCCAUGGAAAUCCUGUUCAAGGGGUCUUGUUCAUGUGGAGCAGUGGUUUUCAACCUGGGGUCCCCAGA